AUGGAUGUUGUGCGGCGUGUGCGUGUGUGGGUUUUGGUUUUGGUUUUGGUUGGCGUCGUGGUUGUGGUCGUGAUCGUGAUCGUGAUCGUCGUCGUCGUCGUCGUGGGCGAGUGUGGUUCUGCGGGUGCGUGGGAGCAGGAUGCAGAGGUAGAGUGCGGUGGUGGUGGUGGUGGUGUGCCGGCCAGUGAGCGGGCUUUGACCCCUACUUACACAUCAUGGCUCGAGCUGCCCCGCGAGAUCGUGGGUUGCCGUGGGCUGUGCGUUCUCUCUGCGCCAAGGACUGUAAGUCGAGGCGAUCGAGCGAUGCGCGUCACUGCGCGCAACAUUCGCGAUUCUGCCAAAGAGUCGGACAUGUAG